UCUAGUCUUCCUAGUCUUUGGCCAUCAUCACCACACAAUAAAGUGAACAGUGAGCAUACAACUUCACAGGCACAAAUACCCACUUCCAAAAGCAUAACUCCCUUUCCUUCUAUUUAAUUGACUUGUCAUCAAUGCCUUCUUUCUUGGUUAUUUCUGAUAGGUUUCUUUAUUGGAUUCGUACGGUCUCUAUUUUCUUAUCUGCUUGUUCCAUGUGAUUGGAAUGAGAGUGGAGGCGGGUUUUGGGAGCUGAUCGAUCAUACUGUGGAGGAGAAGGAGAGAAGAUGGAGAAGCAAUAUGGAAGGAAACCCAAAAGUACAGGCCUAAUAGAUCACGUCUUCUCUUGGUCUCUCAAUGAUGUACAAAACCAAGCUCUUUACAAAGACAAGGUGAGUCCAAUCCCAGAUAAAUUCUCUUCAAGGCAGCAUUACAUGGGAUCAUUCAUUGUGUCGCUCAUAGAGGAAACCCGUGCUGAUUUGUCUUCAAGCAUUAGAACAGCUUGUGAAGCAUCUGAGUCUGAGUCUGAGUCCAGUACAUGGGAGCCAACUUCAGUGGAUACACCUGCUAGAGAAGUGAUGUCUAUUGAAAAAUCCUCACAAUUCAAGCUUCCCAGAUACUUACUAUAUGAUGUUUCACUGAAGAGCGUAGAAGGUAAUGGAAAUAAUGCGGAAGUGUAUGAGCCUCAGGCAGGAGACAUCAUUGCAUUAACAGAUAAAAUACCAUACUACAUCGAGUCAGAAAGUUGUUACAAUAUCGCUUUAGUUACAGGAUCUUAUGGAAAAACCUCUGAUAAGCUCCAAAUACAGUUGCCAAAGCCCAUGAUGCAUGAACAAAUCAUGUCGGAUAAUAAGAAGAGACGAACUAUUUAUGCGGUAUAUUUGAUAAAUAUUACUACAAAUAAUUGUAUAUGGGAGGCAUUGCACCGGAGUCCUCGUGGGGGAAACAUCAGAAUUAUCGACAAAGUUCUGCAAACUGACUCCUCAGCUGGGAGAGGAUGUGCUAUGUGCUCCUCUGGUUCAGAGGCCUUCAAAUCUGUAACAGAUUUAGAGGACAGGAUUCGAUCUUUCGGUCUAAAUCUUUCCCAAGAAGAAGCUGUUUUAAGCUGUAUUUCUGCAGCCAUGUGUCAUCAUGAGAAUAGUGUAAAACUGAUAAAGGGUCCUCCUGGAACAGGGAAGACGAAGACCGUCGCCUCGUUAUUAUUUGCUGUCUUGAAGAUGAAAUGCAGGACUCUUGCUUGUGCCCCAACUAAUACUGCAGUUUUACGAGCGACGGAGAGGCUGUUGAGCUUUGUUAAAGGGUCUCUUGAGAAUGGUACUUAUGGGAUGGGAGAUAUUGUUCUUUUUGGGAGUACUAGGGGAAUGCAGAUUGAUAGUGACGAUGAACUUCACGAUAUCUUUCUUGAUUCCCGUGCUAAUAUCCUAGCCCGGUGUUUCGCUCAAGGUUCCGGGUGGAAACACAGCUUAGAAUCUAUGAUAACUUUGCUGCAAAACCUUGAACGAAACUACAAUUUAUGCUUGGGGAACAGAGAAGAUGAAGGCAAUGAGGAACAGGGGAAACAGGGGAAGCAGGGGAAGCAGGGGAAGGGAAUUUUCAUAGAUGAGAAGGAAGAAAUCGAUAAAAAAAGUUUUCAAAGCUUGAAAUUCAGUGGUGGAGAAUGUGAUGAUUUCUUUAUAUCCCAGGAUUUUGUGGAGAGGUUUGAUUUGGUUCAUGGGCAGCUGAAGGUUUACACUGUAAAUUUGUACACCCACUUGCCAACCUCAAUGAUUCCACUAGAUGUGAUGAAAAAUAUGGUCAGAGCUCUGAAUUUGCUGAAAAAUCUAUCAGAUUUGUUGCAUUCUAUAGAGGAAGACCUCGAUAAAUUUGAAGAUAAAGGAAAAAGGAUCCGUCGGCUUCCUGAAUUGCAGAGGAGAACAGAAGUCUGCCUUCAAACACUCAGAAGCCUUGGCAAAAUGUUCUCUGUUCCAACUCUUGCUAAUGAAUACAAAAUCAAAAGUUUAUGUUUGAAAAAUGCCGUCUUGAUUUUCUGCACUGUUUCGAGCUCAUCCAAAUUACUGCACACCAAAGAUAUGAAAGCCAUUGAAUUGCUGGUUAUUGAUGAAGCUGCUCAGCUAAAAGAAUGCGAGUCCACCAUUCCUUUGCAAAUUUCUGGAAUCCGCCAUGCAGUUCUAGUAGGAGACGAGAUGCAACUACCGGCAUUGGUGAAAAGCAAGGAGUUGGAGAAUACCAAAUUCGAAAGAAGUUUGUUCGAGAGAUUGGUAUCAUUGAGACACUACAAGCACCUUCUUGACGUCCAAUACAGAAUGCAUCCAUCCAUAAGCCUUUUUCCCAAUAACGAAUUCUAUGAAGGAGAUAUCAUCAAUGCUCCAAAAGUGAAAGAAGCUAUCUACACUAGGCGCUUCCUCCAUGGAAGCAUGUAUGGGCCAUUCUCUUUUAUAAAUGUAGCUUCCACAGUGCCAGAACUUGAGGAAUUUAAUGUAAGACAUAGCUCAAAAAACAUGGUGGAGGUAGCUGUGGUCUCUCAGAUCAUUGCAAGCCUCUUUCAAGAAACCAAAGCCAGAAAAGAGAAAGUUAGUGUUGGUAUCAUAUCACCAUACAAGGCUCAAGUUCAUGAAAUUCAGAAAAAACUUGGGAAGGCAUAUAGCACAGAUGCAGAGAGUGAAUUCUCUAUCAAAGUUUCUACUGUUGAUGGAUUUCAAGGUGAUGAAGAGGAUGUGAUUAUUAUCUCCACUGUCAGAUGUAACGGUGGAGGCCACAUCGGUUUUGUCAAAAAUUAUAGAAGAGCAAAUGUGUCUCUUACCCGAGCAAGGCAUUGCCUUUGGAUAACAGGAAAUGCCAGGACUUUAGAGGACAGUCACUCUGUUUGGGAAAAAGUAGUCCAGCAUGCUAAAGCGCAGAGGUGUUUCUAUAACGCUUAUGAGGAUACCAACCUGGCCAAGGCUCUCAUUGUCUGCUUCCUUGAGCGUUACCAUCUUGAUGGUGUACACCAUAUGGCUUCUCAACUCUUCAGGAACACAAGAUGGAAGGUCUUUUUUGAUGACAAGUUCUGGGAAUCCAUGGCCAAGAUUAUGAACACCGCGGUUCACAAGGAAGUACUUUCUCUGCUAGAGAAGCUCUCAAGUGGUUGGCGUCCCAAAGUCAGAAACCCAUAUGCCAUCAAUGGGACUCAUUUGAUGCAGUACAUUAUCAAAAGGCAGUUCCAUCUCCUUUGGGCAGUAGACAUUGUGGAGGAGAAUUCAUGUUACAUCCAGGUUUUGAAGGUUUAUAACAUUGUGCCAUCUCAUGAGACAACAGGAGUAACACGGGACCUUUGUGCUUCAUUUGAGAAAUUCACCAUUGACCAUAUCAACCGUUGCAAAUAUACAAGUGGACAAGGGGAAGCUCCUAUGAUAUGGCAGAUGCCUUCUAAGGGUCUCUAUAGAGGAUUUCAUUAGAAGCAUAUGCUUACAAGAUGAAGGAGAUUGAGUAGAGGAUGAAGGAAUGAAAUUUAUGGAGCUAGUUCAUGGAAGGAAAAUGAAAAUUCUUCAUUCCCUUUCUAAUGGAAUGAAGUAGCAACCAAUGGAAUGAUAUUCUCAGUUCAUCCUUGUAUUGCCACCAAACAAAUCCUUGCCUAGUGGAUUGUAUUGCUAUUUAAGAUGUGAGAAUUGCUUUUCUAUUGUAAAUAUGAGUGGGUUGUUGCUAGGAAUUAUUUUUUUGUCCCAUUGGGAUUUUUCUCU